AUGAGUUUGCUCGAGUCGCUGGACUUGUCUUCAAACAAUCUGGAUGGAGGAAUUCCUAGUGGAUUGUCAAACCUGACAUUUCUUGCGAAGUUAAACCUUUCAAUGAAUAAUCUUGUGGGAGAAAUACCCCAGUCUAAUCAACUUUCCACAUUUGGGAAUGAAUCAUACGUUGGAAACGCAGGAUUGUGUGGAUUUCCAUUGACGAAACAGUGUGAAAGAAUUGAUGCAAAACCAAUACUUCCUCAUGAAGAUGAUGGAGAUGAUAAUGAUGAGUCUGGAUUUAUAGAUGGAUUUGGUUGGCGAAGAGUGGUGACGGGAUAUGGAUGUGGAUUUUUAGUUGGGAUCGGAAUUGGUUACAUUAUUAUCAGAAGUGGAAGGCCAAAGUGGUUGGUGGAAUUCUUUUUUGGCGUUGGAUAUAAUAGUAAUAAGAAGAAGAGAAGAAAAGGAGAAACAACACCAUCACCAAGGAGAAGGUGA